GAACAAUUGAUCACAGACCUUUUUAUACAACUCAUCAACUUAUUGGAAGACGGUUAUCAGUUCCUCCCUCAGUCUUCUUUUCACAAGACUACAUAUGUAACUUUUUCUAAAAGAUGUCCGCAUCUACCUUGGUUCGUUGGAUUUGGUUCAGAGUUGACCAAGAUGACCAUAGACGGUCAAACCCAGGAACCUUCUGCGUGGGAUCUGGCACAAGACGCGAUAAAUCGAUCUCCGAAUCGACACCCAUAUUCCACCUCAGAAGGAGGAGUAAGCGGAGUCGACGGGGAAGCCGCGGCGGUUGAUUUGCUGCUGUGAGGACAGCCAGGUUUAGUACUCACCCAAAGGAACAGUCUCUGACUUCAGUGCUUGCAAGAAUGGGAGCAACUCUGAUACUUAACAUUCUGUUAGGUUUUUUGACUGCCACUGCACGUUGACUGGAUGGUUUCAGAGAAUGGAAAUGCAUCAUUUUGAGGAGGAACUAACUUGUUCCAUUUGCUAUAGUAUAUUUGAAGACCCACGUGUACUACCAUGUUCUCACACAUUUUGUAGAAAUUGUCUGGAAAGCAUUCUUCAGCUAUCAAGCAACUUUUCCAUAUGGAGACCACUAAGACUUCCACUGAAGUGUCCCAAUUGUAGAAGCAUUGUUGAAAUUCCUCCAUCUGGUACUGAGUCAUUACCUAUCAAUUUUGCAUUAAAGGCUAUCAUUGAAAAAUAUCAGCAAGAAGACCACCCAGAUGUUGCAACAUGUAGUGAACAUUCUAGGCAGCCAUUAAAUGUCUAUUGUCUUUUGGAUAGAAAAUUAGUGUGUGGCCAUUGUCUUACAAUAGGUAAACAUCAUGGUCAUCCCAUAGAUGACCUUCAGAGUGCCUACAUGAAAGAAAAGGAGACUCCUAGGAAACUCCUUGAGCAAUUAACUGAUGAACAUUGGACUAAUGUAUGUUUGCUCAUUGAAAAGUUGGAAGAACAGAAAUCUCAUUAUGAAAACAUUGUUCAAGACGAUAAGAAAGCUGUAUUGCAAUAUUUUAAGAAACUUAAUGACACACUGGAGCAUAAAAAGCAAGCUUUGCUAGCUGCUUUGGAUGAAGUUAAUGCUCACAUUUCUGAAGAAUAUGCACCACUCGUUGAAAACAUGAAAAGAAUCAGAGAAGAACAGCUUGAUUUAAUGUCACUGAACACAUCUGUUCAAGAAGAGGAGUCUCCACUACUUUUCCUUGAGAAGGUUGAUGUUGUGCGCCAACGCAUAAAAGCUUUGAAACAAAAGCAACUACCAGAUAUCAAACCUGUAGAAGUUUAUCCACGAAUAGGACAGCUAUUGAAGGAUGUGUGGUCCAAAACUGAAAUUGGUCAGAUUAACAAGAUCCUCACUCCAAAAAUAAAGCUGAUUUCAAAAGGGAAUUUAUGCCCCAAAGGCAGUGAGAAGGAAAGAGGACAGUCUAAGGAAUUGCUCCAGUCUAUAAACCCUCUAACAGUGAUGCUAAUUUCUAUGAUGAUAGUGAUAAUUGUGAUUUCAUUUAGUAAACCUGUAUUGUCAGUUGUAAAUGAGGUAACGUUGAUCUAUAUUUCAGACAUCUUGCAGUUUGUUUAUCAAGAUAUAUGCAACAACUUGCAGGCAGUAAUGGAAAUGCUAUGCCAUACAUCUAAUUUCUUGAUGGAAUUCAUGGGGAGAAUUGUUACUUUUUCUUUCUGAGUAUCUGAAAUACUGAGAUUAGCAGGUAGGAUAAUUAUAGGAAUCCUCAUUAUGUUUGAACUAUUGUACAAGGCUCUUGUUUUUUUUAAACUUUCUAUGUAAAUGCUAUUGAAAUAGAUCCUUUACAAAAAAUUUAAACUGGUUCUCUAGAUUAAUUAAUACCAGAAUCAUUACACCAGAUUCUCCCCAUCUGCAGAAAUAUGUGAAGGAUGAGACUGAAGAGUGUGUGGGGCAGGGUUCUCUCUUAAUACCCCUGUUUUUCCGUUAUCUUUUCCCAUCCUUUGCUCCCACUACCAUGCCCAUUUCUGAAUCUCUGCUUUUUACUGAUUAUCAUUCAACUCAAUGACAGGUGGAUGGUAAUUCCUCCUAAAGUAGUAUGUACCACUCUUCAGUCGCAUGUAAGAGGUCACGGUCAAAUACAUUGCUCCUUCAUCAGUUGCCCAUAAUAAUUUGUAAUGUAGGAGAACCUAAAGAUAUGAAACCUAAAUCUCUGGAAAAAAAAUCAAGAACAAAUCAGAAUUGAGCCCUAUUAUCUCUAAGAAAGCCAUAAGUUCACAGAUUCCAACCUGGGAAAGGCAGUUUCCAACAGACUGUAACUACUUCUCAAGCAUCUACUACCCAGUCCCUUUAAACUAAUUUUUAGGUAGGGUUUUGCUAAAACUAACACAGAAUUGAUAAUAGGGAGAGGUGACAAAUCCUAGAGUUUCAGACAUUAAAACUGAGAUGAGUAAAUCAAAGUGUCGAGUCAGUCAUUAGCUCCAAUGUACAAAAAGUGUAUAUGUGUAUAUUGCAUUUCAGCAGGUUCCACUCCACUAUCUAUAGUGAAACCAUUUUUGGGUCAUUAAAUCAUUUAUGAAAUGACUGGGGUUCAUCCUGUUGGUGCUAGGCUGUUAGUUGGAUCAUAUUGCUUCAAGUUUCUUUAUGUACAUCAUGUAUAAGUGAUCUUGUAUCUUUCAAGUAGGUGUGGGUGCUACUCUAAAACUUUUGGGAUGAUAUUUCUUGGUAAAAUGUAAAAGUACAGUCCCGAAAAUUGCUGAAUGUGUGCUGCUUUAUUAAAGGAGCUAAUUGUGCAAGCAAGAACAUAUGGGGUGAAACCUGCACCAACUAUAGUAAAUGGCAAAACACCCACAGACUUCAGUGGGGCCAGGAUUUCACCUUUAUUUAUUUAUUUUUAAGAAAAAGCUGUAGCAAAUAAUGUGAGAAUGCAGUAUAAAUGUAUUCUUAAAUAUUACUGCACAUAUACACCUCUACCCCAUUAUAAUGCCACCUGAUAUAACACAAAUUCAUAUAUAACACAGUAAAGCAGUGCUUUGGGGUGGGGCUGCGCACUCCGGUGAAUCAAAUCAAGUUUGAUA